GUUUAUUCCCUCCAUCGCAGUCAACAGCUGCUGAGCGGAGCGGGCUUGGCUCAUUCCUCUGACCUGCCAGGAAGGAGAGAGUCCCAGAGGCUGGGCCGAGACAAUCAGACCUGAGCUCGAGGAGAAGGCAGACGAGGAUCGCAGCUGCACGGGCCCGUCCUACACCCUUCUCCCUCCUUAGUCUCCAAAAGCUCCCAGAAUUCACCUGGAGGUGUCACAUCUAUCCCAAUCCCUGGGGCUCCAGCCCCUUGGGGGAAUCUGCAUCCCAGCAUGUCGAUAGCUGUGGAGACCUUCGGCUUCUUCAUGGCAGCCCUGGGACUGCUGAUGCUGGGGGUGACCCUACCAAACAGCUACUGGAGAGUGUCUACCGUCAGUGGGAACGUCAUCACCACCAACACCAUCUUUGAGAACCUGUGGUAUAGCUGUGCCACCGACUCCAUGGGAGUCUCCAACUGCUGGGAGUUCCCUUCCAUGCUGGCCCUCUCUGGGUAUGUCCAGGGUUGCCGCGCCCUCAUGAUCACUGCCAUCCUCCUGGGCUUCCUGGGCCUCUUUCUGGGCAUGGUAGGGCUGCGCUGCACCAACGUGGGAAACAUCGAUCUCUCCGUGAAGGUCAAGAUGCUGGCCAUUGCAGGAACCUUCCACAUACUUGCUGGUACCUGUGGGAUGGUGGCUAUCUCCUGGUACGCCGUCAACAUCACUACUGACUUCUUCAACCCCUUGUAUGUUGGAACCAAGUACGAGCUGGGUCCCGCUCUCUACUUGGGCUGGAGUGCCUCCCUGCUCUCCAUUCUGGGCGGCAUUUGUCUCUUUUCUACCUGCUGCUGUGCCUCCAAGGAGGAACCAGCCACCAGGGCCAGGCUUUCCUAUAAGACUUCUACAGUCGUGAUACCCAAAGCCACUUCAGAUGAAGGCAAAGUCAGCUUUGGCGAAUAUGGCAAAAAUGCCUACGUGUAGGAGCUCUGGCCUGGUGGACACCGUUCCUUGCCCUCCUGUCCCCAGUGGAAAAGUGUCUCCAGGAUGCUCGGACCUUUCUCCAGUUAAUAACCUCAGGGCAGGCCAUUUCCGGGCGCUACCCUGUGCCUGGAAACCAUGACCUGCUCUGGUAUACCUUAUCUGGCACUCCAGUCUCCCCCACGAACAGAAGCUGCGGGGGGCAACUCGCAUGGCCUCCUACAGCUGGACCCAAGGGGACAGAGGUGUCUGCAGCUUGUGAUGCUAUAUCAAAACAUGCAUAAAUAAAUGUAUAUUGUGAUUGUUCAGGGGCCAUGAAGUUGCAGCCGAGUGAGGGGCUCACUCUCAAACCACAGACUGUCAAUACUGUCCACUUUUGAGCUGUCUUGUCCAGUGAGAAAGUAUACCAAGGAACUGGGGAGAUGGCUCAGAGUAAGAGUGUCUGCUACACAAGUAUGAGUUCAAAUCCCCAGAACACAUGUAAAAAGCCAGGCAAGGUCACACUCCCAUAACCCCAGCGCUGUUGGUAAGACUCUCCAAGGCUUACUGGCUUCCAACCUAGCUCCAGGUUCAAUGUGAGACCCUGUCUCAGAGGUCUAAGGUGGAGAAUGAUAGAGAAAGUGCUGGAAGCCCUCCUCUGACCUGUGCAGGCACACAGACUGUGCACAAACAGCAUGCACAGGUUCCCAACAAAAGGCAUUGCCAGUACCCACCUCAGGGAAUUAUUGCUAGCUGGAAUGCCCCCCACCCAUCUCUCUCUCUUGACUCUUAACCUGUGUUCUUCCAGCUGCAUGGAGGAGCCGUUGAUCCAGAACAGGUGUCUGUGUGUGCGUGUAUGUUUGUGUGAACUAGAUUUGGGGUUUAAUAAAGAUAUUUUAAAAGAUG